AAAAAAAACAAUAAACACAUUUAGCGGUCUUUAUUGUUUGACAACACUUGGCGUCUCAAUAAGUACUUUGGUUGUGUUUGCGAUCGACUUUUGUUAACAGGAUGCGUCUGACGGCUCAUCGUAGUGUACUAAUUGAAUUUGACGGAUAUUCGUAGGGCUGAAUAGAAAAUCGGCUUGUCUUAUGAAUUGAGUCGGGAAUUGACAAUGCUGCAGGACUGUCGCAGAACGUAUUAUUUGACGCGAACUGUAUCUUAUUGGGUCGCAAAAUAAUAGACGUUGCGUUGAGGGAGAGCUAUGUUUGUAAACAUACUGUCGCUAUUGGAAUUGAAUCGUCUUUUCUGUAUCGCCGAAUGUAAAUGGAUAUGGCAGAAGAGCGCAAAAGCAGAAAGGGAAUGAGUUCUCCAAUACCAGUUCCAUCUGGAGGCUCACGUCAAAGUUAUGAUCUGUCAUCUCCUGGCCACCUUCCAGAUCAGGGGAGAGUAAUGACACCACCAAAUUCUUCAGGCCGUGCAUCAGUAGGAGCAUCGAUUGAUCAGGGGAGAGUAAUGACUCCACCAAAUUCUUCAGGACGUGCAUCAGUGGGAGCGUCGAUCAAUGUAGCAAACUGGCUUGACAACAGUGUGUCUAAAUCUGGAGAAUCUCCUGCAUCCGACAAGUUACAACCUCUAACAAGAAAAGAGUCGUACAAAGCCCAGCGCAAAAACUACUGCCGAGAGAAAAAAAGAGUGGCUAAAGAACUACUGAGCUCUCUCAAAGAUCCAUCUGUAAUUGUAUUAGCUGACUGGUUAAAAGUUCGUGGCACGCUUAAGAGUUGGACUAAGUUGUGGUGUGUGCUAAAACCAGGACUUUUACUAUUGUACAAGAGCUUAAAAUUGAAGAGUAGUCAUUGGGUAGGAACAAUCCUUCUCAAUACAUGCCAGGUAAUUGAAAGGCCUUCAAAAAAGGAUGGAUUCUGCUUCAAACUUUUCCACCCACUGGAGCAGUCCAUAUGGGCACCUAGAGGACCACACAAUGAAACGAUUGGUGCUGUUGUUCAGCCAUUGCCAACAUCUUACCUGAUAUUCAGAGCACCUUCACAAGCAGCUGGCAAGUGCUGGCUUGAUGCUCUGGAGCUCUCUCUCCGUUGUUCAUCAUUAUUGGUUAGGAGUAGUAGUGCCUGUAACAGAGGCUCAACUGAUGCUACUACCAGCCAUGAAACACAGUGGAGUGAAGCUGAUUAUGAGCGCCAUUUCAAUGAUCAUGAUUUGGAUGACCUCAGCCAGCCAGACAAUGUACCUGAACAGCUCUCACUGUCAGACUCGGAUUCAGAGGGAUCAACUGGCAAGCGAGAUGAAGUGGGUGAUCUGCUGGAUGACCCACCUGAGACCAUAUAUGUUCACCAUGAGGAACGUCCAGAAGAGUUUGGAAGUGCUGGAGAGCAAGUUGAGGAGCUAGCAGAAGAGAAUAAAUCUCUGAUAUGGUAUCUUGUAAAGCAAGUUCGUCCUGGUAUGGAUCUGUCAAAAGUUGUCCUGCCUACUUUUAUAUUAGAGCCACGGUCAUUUCUUGACAAGCUGUCUGAUUCCUACUAUCAUGCUGAUAUUCUUUCACAGGCAGUACUGGAGGAUGAUGCCUUUACCAGAAUGAAGGGUGUUGUAAAAUGGUACCUGUCGGGUCUUUAUAAAAAACCAAAAGGCUUAAAGAAACCUUACAAUCCAAUCCUUGGUGAAACAUUCCGCUGUUACUGGGAGCAUCCAAAUUCAUCUCGGACUUUUUAUAUUGCUGAACAGAUUUCACAUCAUCCUCCAGUGUCAGCAUUUUAUGUAACCAAUCGGAGAGAUGGAUUCUGCAUCAGUGCCUCAAUUUUAGCAAAAUCAAAAUUCUAUGGGAAUUCUACAUCAGCUAUUUUAGAUGGAGUGGCUGUUCUAACAUUCCUUCCACGUGGUGAAGACUAUAGCAUUACCAUACCGUAUGCACAUUGUAAAGGUAUCCUCAUGGGAACACUAACUAUGGAAUUGGGUGGGAAGGUCACAAUAGAAUGUGAAAAAACAGGAUACCGCACUGAAAUUGAGUUCAAAUUGAAGCCCUUUCUGGGUGGUGCAGAACAGACAAACAUGAUAUCGGGACAGUUAAAGUUGGGGAAGGAAACCUUGGCAACGUUGGAUGGAUACUGGGACAGCAGUGUAUUCAUCAAAGAUCGGCGUACAGGGGAGGAGCAACUUCUGUGGAAGCCUACACCUGAGAUAAAAUCAAAGAGGUUGAAACGUUACACAGUUCCUAUUGAACAUCAAGGUGAAUGUGAAUCUGAAAAUUUAUGGCAACAUGUCACUGCAGCAAUUCUACGAGAUGACCAGGUUGCCGCUACAGAAGAGAAGACGGUUUUGGAAGAAGCGCAGAGGGCUGCAGCAAAGGAACGUAAGAUAAAGGGUAUUGAAUGGAUACCAAAACAUUUUGAGCAGGAUAUUAUAUCUGGCCAAUGGGUUUACAAACAUGCUGAUCUACGGCCAUGGGAUCCCCGCAAUGAUGUAUUGCAAUAUGAAUACAGCUAUGUAAUUCAGACAAAGACAAGACACAGGACACCAAUGAUCCGUACUGCCAGCAUUGUCAGUGUUGAUCCUCAGAAUACACUUCGUCAAACAGAAUCACGCUCAUCUGUAACAGUAAUAAAGUCAUCGAAACACCAGCUUUCUACGCAAGUGAGUCCAGUUGACAGGAACAGUGGAAGCUCAUCCCCAGAAUUCCACAGUGAUUCCAGCCACACUGAAAGGCAUAAAAGUAGUUCUUGUGGGUCUGCAAGAGUGAAAGAAAGCCUCGCUGUAAUGCAGUCACAUCUUCAAGAACAGCACGAAAGGUUAUCUCGCAUUCAGCAUAAUCUAGAGCAGUUGGGGAAGCUACAAAGGGAGCAAGAGAAGGAGAGACAACUUAAUUUUAACAGGCAGUUAUACCGUGCAGCUGUUUUACUUAUUGUGAUUCAGUCCUUCAUAACAAUUAUUUUCUCUUACAUCGUUCAGUGGAAGUAAUUUACUAUUGGGUGACAUAUCUGUGUGAGCAUAUGCUUAACACAGCUGUGUACCUACUGUGACAGCUAUAGAAGAAAAAACAACCCUCUGUGAUAUAUUUUGUUUGGUUUCAAAAUGGCAUCUUUGAUCAUAAUAGUGAACUGGUUUAGUUGCGUUUAAAAUUGAGUUAGAGAUUGAAUGGCACGUAUGUUCCAUAAAACAUUUGUAAACUUUUGUAAUACUGUCACUGUAAAUUGAGCUGAUAAUGUAAGUUAUGUUCUGGUACCUCACAUUUUAUUUAAAUUGUGCUGUGACUGUUGUGCAGCUGUUUCCCAGUGAACUUAGAUUGUUCAGAUGUUGUAGAUAUUAUUUCAUUUCUGUGUUUGUAUGAAAGAGUGGUAAAUAUUGAGCCUAGUCUGUCUAGGGGCAUGGAUGAUCAGACUUGUGUUCUUUUAAAAUUUGGCGGAAAGAAAGUAAACAAGCAUCUUGCUUCUGUGUCAUUGUCAAGUGAGUGAAACUGAAAUGUGAUGUGCUUCCAACUCCCCACC